UUAGACGGUGUUAUCAGAGCGCUCAAAGAUAGACUGGCUUGGUGAUUAAUCAACAAGACGGAAACAAUAACUGAAGUGAGAGUCACAAGAUCUAAUAAUGAACCCCCGUACCAGUGCUCAGGACGUGAUUCGAUGUGACCUGUGUAAGAUCGCUGUGGUACAGAUGCACUGUACUAGAUGUCUUGCCAACCUGUGCAAGGUCUGUGGGGAGGAACACAUCUCGACAAAUGAAUCCAAGGACCAUAAAAUCGUUAAAUUUCAGGCCAGGAAAUCUACUCUCCUCUACCCUGGAUGCACAACUCAUGACAAAGAACAAUGUGAAAUGUUCUGCAAAAAAUGCGACAUUCCUGUCUGCAUCAGUUGCCUUGGAUCUAAUCAACAUUUAGGUCAUGCAUUGAUUAAAGUUUUACAAGUUGUGGGUGAAAAGAAAGACACAAUUUUAAGAGAAAGGAAUGAAAUCAAAGAUAAAAUAUAUCCGACAUUCCAGGAAAUCGCCUAUGAUAAACAAACCAAAAUGAGUCAGUUAAAAAAAGAUUAUGGAGAUCUCUCAACAGCCAUAACAGAACAUGGGGAGGACUGGCACAGAGAAAUUGAUAAACUUGUCAAGACACUUAAAGCUGAAGUUGCUGAGAUGAAAAACACACAGUUACAAACUCUACAGAAGCAGCUGGAUGAAAUAAACAAGAAAAUUUCUGACAUCAAGGAUGACAUCAAUUUAUUUGAAAUGGCUUUGGACACUAAUGACUUGUCAAAACUGUUUAGUGUUACAUCCAAUAUAAAAACAUACAAAACCUCUUCACAACAAAUCAUGACAUAUUUACCUACAUUCAUUCCCAACAAACUGCCAGAAGAACUUAAUAAACUAUUUGGAGCCUUAUCAGCAAGUUCUUUAACAUCAGAUCAACAGGGCAACAAAAUGAAGACGACACAGAAAUCCCAAGAAGCUAUAUCCUCUCCUCCAGUCAAAGAGCUGCUUGAUGAACCAGAGAAUGUCACCACCAUAAACACUGAUUAUACAAACCUUUACAAUGUGGCCUGUCUGAGUGAUGAAGAAAUCUGGACAAAGGGAGAUGACAACAACAUGAAACUAUACAGCAUCAAUCAGGGAUCACUACUCUCACUCAAAAAACUCUUUAAUUUUAAUAUCACUCGGGGAUCACGACUCAAAUCAAUCACAACCAAAUCCGGUUACAAGCCAACAGACAUAGCAGUGACAAAAAGUGGAGAUCUAGUUUUUAUGGAUUACAUUGAUAGAACUGUAAUCAUUUUACAAAAAGAGAAGUUUGAGGAAGUGAUUAAACUACAGAACUGGAGACCUUACAGUGUCUGUAGUACCUCCUCUGGUGACCUCCUGGUUCUCUUAGACAGUGAUGAUGCCAAACAAGCAAAAGUUGUCCAUUACUCUGGUUCCACAGAAAAACAAACCAUUCAGUUCGAUGAUCACGGUAAACCUCUCUAUUCACCUGGUGGAUAUUACAGAUACAUUACUGAGAACAAGAACCUGGAUAUCUGUGUGUCUGACAGUGUAGCCAGAGCAGUAGUGAUUGUCAAUCAGGCCGGAAAACUGAGAUUCAAGUACACUGGAUAUACUUCUGUUCAAAAGAAUAAACCAUUCAGUCCACGGGGGAUCGCAACAGACAGUAUCAGUCACAUCCUUACAGCUGAUUAUAACAAUGGCUGUGUCCACCUCAUAGACCAAGAUGGACAGUUCCUCCGUUACAUAGACUGUGGAUUGAAUGGACCCUGGGGAUUGUGUACAGAUACGAAUGACAAUCUGUUGGUUGCCCAGUGCAUGCACAGACAAGUAAAGAAAAUAAAAUAUCUACAAAGAAAUUUAUCAGUGUGUUAAAUCUAGGUCAUACGCAAAGUAGUUUGAACUUUUUUGUCUUUUACCAUCGAGUUGAAGAUUUCUGAUUUUUGAAGGAACUGUGUGUGGUAUUUCCAUUUCUUUAUACGGUGUUCUACACUUCAUCUAAAACAAUU